UAAAUAAGUAGCAUUUGUAGAGCUAAUUUAAAAUUGGAUCUUUAUUUAGAUCUAGCAUAUAUCUAGUCGAGUCUCUGCCUAGAAAUAGAAUAUAUCAAGUUCUUAUUUUUUUAAAAUCAAGACUAAAAAUUUAUACGAUUCAUUCACAAGAUUAAUGAUCUAAUCUCUGCUUGUGGUCCCGUCUUACAAGAUUAAAGUCUCUGCAAAAAUGUCAGUUAUGUUCCAAGUUUUGACUCAAGAAGAAACAGAGGAUCUUCGAUGGGAACUUCAUUCACAGUUGCCAGGAUCUGCUAAAAUUUAUUACAUAUUGUGCAAUCAUCUGGACAAUUUGUUAACUGGAUUUGAAGUUAUAGUUGAUCAGUGGCCCCACUGGAAUUGCUUGAUUCUCAGGCCAGAGUCACCUGACUUGGUACCAACAUACUUCAGAAAUUACUACAUGUGUCACACGAGAAGCACCAAAGACUUCAAGUUUUUUAUACAAAGACCAUGUGUGGUGGACUGGAAGAUGCCAGCUAUUUUCACCGGUGUUCCUUAUGAUGUUGUGGGACUUAUUCAGGAAAAAAGUAGGAAAGAGCUGGGAGAAGUCACAUCAGUUGAGCACAGGUUCAUGUAUGCUUGGACUAAGCCUGAAUCUCCAGAACCAGUACAGGUGCCAAAUGAUCUUCAGCUAACAGUUUUAAAGCGAGAACAUGCUGAAACUGUUUGUGACCACUGGAAGCAUUAUCGAAAGAACGAGGGCCUUGUUGAAUAUUACAGACAGGUCAUUGAAAACUUUGAGAGUAGUGCCAUAGUCACGAAGGAAGGCAACCUUGUGGCCUAUAUAUCCAUGCAGUUCAAUGGGUCAAUGUCCAAUCUGUUUGUGGACCCAGAAUACCAUAGCCAGAAUCUCGGAGUGAUUCUCCUUACUGAUCUGACACGCAAGCUGCUGGCCAAGAAUCAGACUGCCUACGGCUUUAUCAAAACCAAAGAUGCAUCAUUUAUAAAAACAUGCGAAAGCAUAGGGUUUUCUUGGGUUGCACAAGGCAGCAUGUCUUGGGUGCAUUAUCUUCCCAGGAACAUGUUGCUCAAAACAGCAGUCCCAAGAAAAGUGUCAGAAAGUGAGCAAGAUGAAAACUGUAGAGCAGAAAAAGACUUGUUCCUGAAUGCAUUGCCCUUGUCUUGUAACCAAUGCUCUGGGAUCCCAGCCAUUGGUAAGUCUUCAUGUGUACAUGUAAGUUUAAGUUAGAUGAAGACAUUGUUCACUUAGUCAUUGUUGUUAGUCUACUUACUUUGAAAUGCUUACUUGGUUAAUUUGAAUGUGAUAUUUGAUGUGUCCCUUAUAUUUCAAUCCAGUGCACUUUUUAUCCAACAUUUUGUCAUGUUUAACUUGUUCCUUGAAUCAUUUCAAUUUAAUACUUUUUGAAUCUACUUAAGCUGGAGAUGAUGAGCCUUUAUAUUUUUGUUUAUCACAACAUGUAUGCAAAUUGAUUCAACACAAAAUGUUGAAAUGAUGUUAAGAAUGCCAUCGAAAUUAUUAAUACUUUGUGAAUCCUAGAAUAUAGUAAAAAUUAAAGUACCCCUUUCAGACUAUGCGAUCUAUAGGGCAGAUGAUGUAAAGGUCAUUUUAUUUCUAUGGCCCAUGGUUAUUGAGGGUGUCAUGUGGCCAGAACAACGACCAACCGCCUUUACUUUUCCCCCAAAUAAUGUACCCAUUAGAGCUGGGUGGGCUCAAGAUGCACCCAAAGAUCCCGAAAUUAAAAAUCUCAGUCUUCACCGGAUUCAAACCAGGACCUUCUAAAACGUAGUAAAGCAUGAAAAUUAAUCGCAACUUAUUCAGUUGAUGUCUUACUAAUUUAACACACAUCAUGAAAUUUUCUUUCCAACUUUUUCCAUGACAUAAAUUUUAUAGUCAUUUUUUUUAUAUCCAAGUAUGUAAGCGUUAGAGGUACAUGUCUAAAUCAUAAACUUUGUUUCCAUUGUAAUGAGUAUUUGCUGAAAUAAGUGAAGUGACAUUCCUUGUUGCAUAAAUGUAAAUAGUCAUGGUACACUGUAUAGUGAGCAAUAAUUAUAAUACAUUAUUCUAUAGGGAUCUCUUCUCACCAGACAAGACUUAUCAGGUUAAAUUAAUUUCACACCAAGUCAGAUUUGUUUUGACUAAUAAAAAAAGACAACUAUUUAUAUACAAAUGAUUGUGUUCAAGAUAGUUCAUUGCAUCAAUAUUCAUUGUCAUUGUAAAUUUGCUCUUAAUAUUAUUGGUUUAAUGAAAUGAAAAAAAAAUUGUUUUAUUGAGAUUUCUUGAAAAGUUAUCCAAUUACCUGUGAUAAAAUCAUAUAAUAAAUAGAUUAUCAUUUUUUUUUUACACAAUGUCAAAUGCUUUCUGUCAUUGAUUGUUAAAAAGUUUUUGUAAUCUAUUUUUUUAAAAUGCAUACUAAAAACACUUUGUCAGGUCAGGCUGUACAUUUGUAAUGUCUCAUUUAUCCUUGCCUCAUAAGAUUAUACACCUCAUUUGGUGGCUACUGCUUUGUCAGGUCUAGCUGUAAAUUUGUAAUGUCUCGUAUGUUCUGGCCUCAUAAGAUUGUACCCUUCAUUUAGUGGCUACUAUUUUCUGUCACACUAUUUACCUAUUGAGGUUGUUUCUAAAGAAUAUUAAUUUAAUAAAUUGACAGAUAGAUCCUAUCUUGUAUAAUGAGUUGCCCUGAAGAUAAUGUUCAGGCUGAGCUAAAAUGUUUUCAGUUUCUGUUGAAAAAGUAAAAUGUAGAAUAUUUGUGCACACUUCUCUCAAGUUGUGAAUAGUUCAAUCUUUGCUAGAAUUUAAACUUGUUUUUAUAAAGUUAUUUUUAUUGUUAUCAUAUGUACUUCUUUCAUUCCGAUUUUUCAUAGAAACUAUCACUUAGACAUUAUCAAAUGUCAAAUAGUUGUUACUAUUAAAGAGAAACUAUGAAUUAGACCGUAUGAAAUGUCAAACAGUUGUUACUGUUACAGAGAAAUAAUCGAUUAGACCUUAUCAAAUGUCAAAUAGUUAUCACUAAAAAGAUUUCAAUUAUUGCAUGUCCCCAUAUGUUUUUUUUGUAAGCUAUAAUCUCAAUUAAUACAUUGAAAAUAAGAUAAUAUUUUGUUAAAUAAUCAAACAAUAAAAAUUUUUGCUAAGCUAUGUCUUGGUUACUUACUAUCAAAGAAUAAGAGGUUUACAUUUAAUUCUAAAUAUUUAUGCAAAUUGUUUGAAAGAGAUUGUUUCUGAGCAUACUUUAAAAAAAAAACGUUUUAUACAGCGAAAGAAAUUGAUUCGUUUACAAUCAGAAUGUGUGCUGAUAAGGCUUUAGGCUCAGGAUUAGCUAUGGUUAGCUGCCUUCAAAGAAUCUAUCUCUUAAACACUGUUUCUGCACAAUCACUUUAAAAUUUGUCCUACUUUUUGUUAUAUCUAUGUAUAUACUCUUAUUGGUUAGGUGGAUUGCUGACUAUCAUUGCUCGAUUGAACUACCAAUAUUUAAGUUGCUUUAUUAUCCAUACAUAUCAUUGAUUUCUAUUGAUGACAUUUAUUUCCUACAUUGUUUUUAAAAUUUGGAAAGUUGAUUUUGUUGGUUUACUUCUUGUGAAUGUCACUUUUCUCUUUGUUUACUUCUGUCAGCACUGCUUUGUUUUAGAUACAUGCAACCUGUACAGUCUUGAUCUCUUUAUAUUACAUGAUAAACACAGAUUGAUUCUACCAGUCAGUUUCUGUAUGAUCACAGUGCAUGUUUUAAUUAUGUAUUAUAUAUGUGUGUGAAUGUUUAUAAUGUAUAUUCAACUGGAAACAGUUUAUUGGCUAAAAUGACUUCAUGUGCAAUUUUGAGCUUCAAUUCAGGGAUGUUGCCCAUUAUUGUUCAUGAGAAACAAUAGAAGAUGAAGUGAGUGCAAUAUGGCCUGCAAACAUCAUAUUUUCCUACCUCUAGCGUUUAAAAAAGUCUAUUUAAAGACCAGGAAAAUAUUGAAUUUUAUCAUUUUUUUACGUUCAAACCGUGGUCAUGGUAUGGACUACGAAACUAUGUACUCAAGAAAACAGAACUAUUUUCAUAACAAUGAAGAUGUAAUAAUAAAUAUUUCAAAAGAUAACUGAUAGCUAGGUGUGGAUCUAAAUGUCACGAAAUUGUUUUCUGGUUCACUCAUUCUAAUGCAUGCGGUGAUUGUUUUUUGUAAAUACAUUUUUUUUUGACAAGGAAAUUGUUUGGUCGUAAGUUGGUAGGAAGAGAUUUCUAACCACUUACAAGGGUAUUAAAACAUUUAGCUGGUCAUUUGAUUGCCAGGUUUAAAAACAUUAGAUGUAUGUUGUCAAAUAUGUGUAAGUUUUAUUUCCAAAUUGAAAUCUAUGUGCUGGGUAGAGGCCCAUAAAUAUAGACAUAAGAUUUAUAAUUGGCUACUGUAUAGUAUACAUAUAGUUUUACAAUAAUUAUUUUAAAAUGUGGUUUGGAGGGAUUCUAUUUAAUACAGACAUAGAAAUUAUUUUUAUUGGUUUAUUGAGAAAUUAUUUUGAUCCAUUAUGUUGAAUUGGUUAGAACUGCACAAGUGUGAGAUUGUACUUCAUUUUGUUUAAUAACUUAGUCUGGUCAUCAAAAUGUAUUUAAACAUUUACGAAGAUAGUUUUAUUAUUUUUCUUAGUUAAAAAAUGUAAUUUGACGAUGCACAAUUAAAACAUUCCUACAUUUAGUUUUAAGAGAAGCAUUUUAUUUCAGCCUUUACAAAUCGUAAUGAAUAUAUAUAUAUUGUCAGCUCUUUAAGCAGUGAUAGUAAAUGUUGCAAUAUACUUUCCCUUGUAAAUGUCUCAUAAUCGAAAAAAAAAUUUUAAACACAUUUAUUCCUAACAUUGUGUUUUGACAAUUUUGAAAAUUAGUGCAUUAAAAAUAACAAUCCAACGUUACUUGAUAAAUAAAAUGACAUGACCUAGGGUUAUGCAUAAAAUUUACUUAAAAGAAUCCUUUUCUUUUAAAAAUGGACAAACAAAACAGUGUUAAUUUGUAUCUAAUUUUUAUACAUGUAUUUCUUUUUUUUUUAAAUAAUUUAGAUUUUCUACAAUUGGUUUUGGUCAUGUUAACCCUGAAACAGUUGACAGUAAAACAUGCACAAUGCUAUAUACCUGGUAUUAGUGUAGAUUCUGUACUUUAGCGUGUGUAUAUAUGUGUACAACUUUGUACAAUGCUGUACCACAUGUACCCAAUGCACACAAAUAAAUGUUUGAAUUAUA